GGCGUGGCCAGGGGAGGGCGUCCAGGCGCGGCGAGCUUUUAAACUGGGGGAACGAGCGGCAGGUCCUGGCGGGGUCCGCGCACCUCAGCCCCCGGCGUCCCGGGAGAAGUGCCCGAGGGGUGGGGGCGGCGGCUGCAGCCGGUGAGUGGGCCCUCCUCUCCCCUGCGGCUCCCGGCUCUGGGAGCCGGGCCUCCGCGAGGCAGGAAUGGCCCCGAGGCCUCCGACGGCCACGCCCCAGGAAUCGGUGACCUUCAGAGAUGUGGCUGUGGACUUCACCCAGGAAGAAUGGUACCAUGUGGAUCCUGCUCAGAGGCGCCUGUACAGGGACGUGAUGCUGGAGAACUAUAGCCACCUGGUUUCUCUUGGAUAUCAAGUUUCCAAGCCAGAGGUGAUCUUCAAAUUGGAGCAAGGAGAAGAGCCAUGGAUAUCAGAGGGAGAAAGCCAAAACCCAUUCUCUCCAGAUUGGAGGACAAGGCCUGAAGCUAAGCCAUCAUAUCUGCAGCAGAACAUAUCUGAAGUAUCCCAUAGCACAGAUGAUCUCUUACGUGCCACAUCAGAAGAUUCUUAUUAUGUUAGUAGCCAGUUAGAAAGGCACCAGGAAAACGGGAAGCACUAUCUGGGGCCAGAUGUAUCCACCCAGAAGAAAAUAGUAACACCAGAAACAAAUUUGGAGCAGAAUAAAUUUGGUGAAAACUCUAGAUUAAACACAGACCUGGUUGCACAACUGAACAUUUCUUCAAGGUCUAGUGAAUGUGAUACCCUCGGAGGCAAUUUGGGACAUAAUUCAGGCUUACUUAAUCAGAAUAAUAUCCUUGCAAAAAAGAAGCCUUUCAAAUGUGACAAAUGUAGAAAAGCCUUUAUUCAUAGAUCAUCACUUACUAAACAUGAAAAAACUCAUAAAGGAGAGGGAGCUUUUCCCAAUGGUACAGACCAGGGAAUUUAUCCUGGGAAGAAGCACCAUGAAUGUACUGACUGUGGGAAGACCUUCCUCUGGAAGACACAACUUACUGAGCAUCAGAGAAUUCACACUGGGGAGAAGCCCUUUGAAUGUAACGUGUGUGGGAAGGCCUUCAGGCACAGCUCAUCCCUUGGUCAGCAUGAGAAUGCUCAUACUGGAGAAAAACCCUAUCAGUGCAGUCUCUGUGGGAAAGCCUUUCAGCGAAGCUCCUCCCUUGUUCAGCAUCAGCGAAUUCACACUGGAGAGAAACCCUAUCGAUGUAAUUUGUGUGGGAGGUCUUUUAGGCAUGGCACAUCCCUCACUCAACAUGAGGUCACACACAGUGGAGAGAAGCCCUUUCAGUGUAAGGAAUGUGGGAAAGCUUUCAGUCGAUGUUCUUCCCUUGUCCAGCAUGAGAGGACUCAUACAGGAGAGAAACCUUUUGAAUGUAGCAUAUGUGGGAGGGCUUUUGGUCAGAGCCCAUCCCUUUAUAAACAUAUGAGGAUUCAUAAGAGAGGAAAACCUUACCAAAGUAGUAACUACAGCAUAGACCUCAAGCACAGCUCCUCUCUCACUCAAGGUGAAAGCAUUCUCACUGAAGUAAAACCCUAUCGUUGUAGUGACUGUGGGGAAGACUUCAAUCACAUUACAGACUUUACUGACCAUCAGAAAAUCCAUUCUGGAAACAGCCCUUAUGACUGUGAGCAGACCUUUAGUCAACCGGUUUCUCAUCCUGGAGAGAAGCCGUAUCAAUGUAAUGUAUGUGGUAAAGCUUUCAAAAGGAGUACAAGUUUCAUAGAGCAUCACAGAAUUCAUACGGGAGAAAAGCCCUAUGAAUGUAAUGAAUGUGGAGAAGCCUUCAGUCGACGCUCAUCACUUACUCAACAUGAGAGAACCCACACUGGAGAGAAACCCUAUGAAUGUAUUGACUGUGGGAAAGCCUUUAGUCAAAGUUCUUCCCUCAUUCAGCAUGAGAGAACUCAUACUGGAGAAAAGCCCUAUGAAUGUAAUGAAUGCGGGCGAGCCUUCCGCAAGAAAACCAAUCUGCAUGAUCAUCAGAGAAUUCAUACUGGAGAAAAACCCUAUGCUUGUAAGGAAUGUGGGAAAAAUUUCAGUCGAAGCUCAGCUUUAACUAAACACCAGAGAAUUCAUACACGAAAUAAGCUCUAGGAACAAUGGAAUUAGCAAUGUGUGGAAAACUUUAGCUAAAAUACUGUUGUAGUAAAGUGUGUGUGUGUGUGUGAGAGAGAGAGAGAGAGAGAAUGUGUGGAGAAAACUGUACUAGUAGACAAUUUUUUUAAAUAAAAGCCACAUUCUCAGAACUGAUGAUAGACUUUUAUAAAAGUAAUGAUAAACAUCAUAUAUAACUCGUUGGAAAUGAUGUGCCUAUAUAUUGGACUUUAUAAAAGUUCUGAAUAUAUAUGUGCAGGAAAUCACCAACUUUUAGCAAUUAGAUUUGUAACUUACUGUUUACAAUCCUUUUUAAUAAAUAAAAUAGUUAUCACCAAAACAUUAAAAGUUACUUGACCACUGCAUUCAACUGCAGCUCUUACAUUAAAUUUACCUUGGA